CUGACUUCUAGCAGUACAAUAAAAGCAAUCAAGCAAACGGAUACUCAACAACCAAAUCCAGUUUAGUAACAAGCAAGCAUAAUGAAGAGUAUCACUGUAUAUCUUCUCCUCUUUCUGUUAUCAUGUCCUUUUUGCUUCUCAGACUACGUGCUAAGGAUAAGAGCUGUUAGAUAUGAAAACCCUACUGAUGAAGACUAUGAUGGCGGAAGCUGUGAUGUUAUAUUCCCAGACUGUGAUGUUUACUUUCAUUUUUGCAUACGAGCUAUCAAUCUUAGCCCAUCAAAUACUGACAACUGCUGGGAUACCAUUACAACAUCCUCUUCAUUUGAGAGCACCAACAGGACUUUUCCUACAACUGGUUUGCUUUAUCCUGGAGCUAAUACUCAAAAUCCAUUGACUUUCUCUAGCAACGAUGCAUGGCCAGGUUCAUUUCAGUUGUUAGUGUCCAGCAUUGACAAUGAUGACAAUGGCAAUAUCAAUUUGGAUGAUUUGAUUGAUCGCAAUGCAUUCAAUAUAAACCUUAAUCCAACGACUGGUGACAAUUUCUCUAAUCCCAUCAGGACUACAGGAUUCUAUAACAAAGUGUAUUUUACAGUUCAAGUUCAAUUGUCGUGUGCUAGUGGAUGGACUGGGAGCGACUGUCAGCAAUGCAUACCUAGAGCUGGCUGCUCUCCAACCAAUGGAAGAUGCACUCAGCCAGGAGAAUGUAUUUGUAAUGAUGGAUAUACUGGAGCUGAUUGUACACAACAAAUAAUUACAACAUCUAGUGCUGCUUCUAGUAUUACAAGGAGUUCAAAUCCUUCAGCCACUAGUACUGGUACUGGGUCAUCUGCUCCUGGAUCUGCUGAAAGUAGUUUGGCUGAAAUAGCUGGAGGAGCAGCUGCAGGCGUGAUCAUUCUUAUAAUCAUCAUUGUAUCUUGUAUCAUCAUUGCUAGCUAUUGUAUCAUUAAAUCAAGAAGAAAAGAAAAGUCAAAUUCAAGGAAUGAAGUACCGGAGCCUUUUAAUAAAAACGUGAUGUAUAUUCCUCCUGAAGUUUUGGAUCCUAAUGUAAAAGUGAAGCAGUCCGGCAGCCAUUAUGCCAAAGGGUUGCAUCAAGUCCCAGCUAAUGUUGGUACAAGCAAUCGUGAUGGGGCACCAUUGCCAAAGCUACCAGCAGGAACAAGGGAUAUUACAUAUGACAAGCUUGAAGCUGGAGACAACAAUACUUAUGCAAAACCAGCAUACUCUACAUAUUACUAAAAAGAUAACUAA